ACUGCUUCCUCGCUAGAUAUGUAUGAUUGAAAAAAUAAAUGUGUCAUUUUAACCAAUAAUAAUACAUAGGUUAUGUCCGGAUUUUUUUGAUUUUGUAAAUACAUACUGGAAAUAUUAGAUUUUUGAGUCAUAUGUAUCAUUACUAUAUUAAAAAUUGUGUUACGUUUAACAAUAAAAAACGAAAAUAUUACAAUACAAAUUUUACUAUUGCAACAACAUCGUAUUUCAUUUGUAACAAAUCUUUUCCUUAUCAGACUACGUUUCUAGGAGGCUUGUUAGAUCGAUAAAUCGAAGUGUGCAGAUGAAAUUUCUCGUGUUAUGUAGAACCUGAUUUAAAAAUGUCUAGUCAACGCCCUGAGUCCGAUUCAAUGUUCAUGCAGAAGGGCGAUGGACCAAGGAAUCGUAGUCCGUCAAGAUCAGAACCUUCAUCACGAAGAAACUCAACCAAAAACAAUGAAGCCGCUGAAACGAUUACCGUUAAAGACUUUUUUGACUUCAUGAAGACAGCGUACCAAGUAUACGAACACUUGGAGGGUGAUGAUGAUGAAGGAACGAAGAUAGAUUGGGAAGAAUUGACGAAAUUAACUGUAAUCAACCAUGUCAUAGAGCAACAAGAACGUGAUCUUCUCUACCAAACUGUUUACGCUGAAGCAAAGCCAUCAAUCAGUAAAAGCGAUUGUGCAAUCGAACCAAAGAAUAGCGAGAACCGGCUUGAGAAAAGAUAUAGUUGCAGUGAACUAGAAGGACGCCGACGGUCUUUACCCCCCGAAGCCAGGGUUGAAAUGCUAGGUAUUUGGACUGAAGCUAAUUUAAACUGCAAACUUAAUGAUGUAGUGAAUGAAGGGAUUUUAGAUUCUAUUUUGCCUUACCUAGUUGGGUACAAGAAACCUUCAAAAACAACUAGCGUUUACACUCCAAUUAUAAAGAAAGUGACGUCUGGAACCACCGUUGAUGUAAAGAAACCUGCUAGUUUCGGAGGUUUCGUUGACGAAAAAGAAUCAAGGGAUCGACUUGGAAGACGCAAGUCUUCAGUGACAAUGGCACAAGAACGUAAUAACACAAAACAAGAGGGAGACGUAGAAAUUCACGUUUGUGAUGAAGUAAAAGGUCUCAAAAAAGAUUUUCGGUGCCCGCAAAAACUCUUAAUAUCGAAAAUGGGAUAUUUCGCUGACGUCACAGCGGGUCAGAGAUUAGAAGACAUGGAUAUUUCUGUACAUUGUGAUAUACAGAUCUUCGACUGGUUAAUGCGUUGGGUGAAAAGGGACUCUAUUCUGGUAGCCGACUGGCCUCUUCUUGAUCCCCAUAACGUGGUCCCUAUUCUGGUCUCAGCGUCAUUUCUACAGUGCUGUGGUGAUUACACAAGUCUACAGCGGGGCAAGGGCAAUAAAAUACAGCAGCAUCGGCCUGGAACAGGAGAUGGCACGGAGAGGUUUUCAGUCAGUAAGAAUCUUACAUCCUCAUUAUCAUCCUCUCGCCUUUGA